CAUACAAACAUACGAACAGUACAAACUAGAGCGACAAAACAUACAAACAGAUUUACAAACAUUACAAACAUAUGAACUGUACAAAAAAUACAAACUAGACCGACAAACAAUACAAACCAUACAAAAAGAAAAAACAACCAGGUUGACUUUGGAGGCUUCAUCCCUAUAUAGAGGGGCUCCUUCCCAAAGUCAACCUGGGUAUUUUUUAGACAUACAAACAUGGUGGACAAAAAUGACAAACUAGACCAAAAAUUCAUACAAACUGGAAAAACACCUGGGUUGACUUUGGAGGCUUCAUCCCUAUAUAGAGGGGCUCCUUCCCAAAGUCAACCGGGGUGUUUUUUAGACAUACAAACAUUACGAACAUGGUGGACAAAAAUGACAAACUAGACCGACAAUCUAUACGAACUGGAAAAAACACCCGGGUUGACUUUGGAGGCUCCAUCCAAAAGUCAACCAGGUUGUUUUUAGACAUAAAAAACAUUACAAACAUGGUUGACAAAAAUGAUAAACAUGGUGAACAAAUAUAACAAAGUUUACAAAAUUACAAAAUAAACCAACAAACAUUACAAAAUAACAAAGCGUACAAACAUUACAAAAUAAACCGACAAACAGUACAAAGCAUACUAAUCGUACAAAAUGUCACUAAAAAUGACAAACAAGAAUUAUAAACAAUACAAACCGAAUCUAUACAAACAUUACAAAAUAGGUCACCAAACAUCACAAAUCCAGCACUAUCGCAGUAAAGACUCCUCCGAUUGCCUUGCCGGAAAAAUUUCCUUCGGUGAGUAGAAAAAUCUCUCUCUCUCUCUCCGCAAAACAAAAGGGAAUGGGGGAUGAUAAUCCCACCCCAUCCAGGACGCCGGCAAAAAAAAUUCAUCGCCAUGCUGAAUAAACAUCGACAUCCUCUCUCUCUCCCUCGCUCUCUCUCUCGUAUAUGAAAAUGGAACUAAAGAGGAAUUGAAAAGUGGGAACAGGGAACCAAGGGAUUGCCUUCGCUGGCGACGAAAGUUCCUUGUCGGCGGAAAGGGAAGAGACUAGAUAGAAUUGCAGGUUUCCUUGCCGGCGACGGGAAAGGGAAGAGACGAGAAUGAAUUGCAGGUUUCCUAGCCGGCGACGGAGAUCGAUUGCGGCGGAAAUUUGACUUGCAGGCUCAAGGGACGGACAGAGGCAGAAUGCUGUAAAUCUUUUAUUUUAUUUUAUAAUUAAAAAAUAAAAUAAUUUUGCAAUUACUACAUUGUCCUUCAUUAAAUUGGAUUAAUAGGAGCCCUUGGAUUUUAACAAAGUUGAGUGGCUGAGAUUCACUUAGCCAUGUGACUAAAGGGACCCCUUAGUCACCUGAUCUUGGCCUCCAAAUUAGUAUUUUUUUUAGGGGAGUUACCAAAUUAGUUACAUCCGAUGACUACAUGUUUGAGUGCCAGCAUGCGUUAUCUUCGUGGAACAACAUUUUCCCAUCUCUUCCACUUCCACCUCAAUCCACCACCUUCUUUGAUUGGUUCUGCUCAUUGAAGGACAGUAUACCGCUCAAUAGUCUCAUCUUGAUUGUCUACCUCUGCUGGAACAUCUGGAAAGCAAGGAAUGAGCGUGCCUUCAAGAAUCGUAUCCCGUGGCCCCCAAAUACCUGUAGGCAGACCGUCAGGGAAUUCACCGAAUGGACAUCGUGCCCGUAUCCCAGCCUCAUGUUCAACCAUCUUCUGUUCAGCUCAGGGAUAACCUACCUCAUUCUUCUCCACCGCCAAGCAAUCACCACAUGGUGAUUCACUGUGAUGGGUCGUUCAUAAGCGACUCCCAGCCGGCGACUUAUGGUGUUGUUGUUGUUGUUAACCACCAUGGACAAGUAUGCGAUGGGCGAGCUGACAUUUUACUUUGUUCCACCCCGUUUGAAGUUGAAGCGAAGGCGCUUUUGGAAGGUCUCAAAUUAGCCCAAGAAUAUGGAGGAGAAUGUAUUGUCCAAUCAAACUGUCUUAAUCUUGUUCAAGCUCUCAGACAGGACAAAGCGAGAUGGCCAUGGAGGGGAGCAGCAUGGAUGGGAUCCAUGAAAUCGAUCCUUCAGGCCUCAAAUCGCAUUGAGGUCAGGUUUGUUCAUAGAAAGUUUAAUGCUAAAGCUGAUUGGGUGGCCAGGUCAUUGGCAAGAAAUUCACUCCCAGAUGACUGGAUUAGUAUUCUUGAUCUAAUUUCCGAUUUCCUUUAGCCUUGUAACCGCCGUUUUGGUUUCAUCAGAGUGGAAUAAAGUUCAUCUUUGAUAAAAAAAAAAGACUAAACCCAAGAAAUAAAGACUGAAAAAUAUUCCACAACCAAAUAUUUGACGUUAAUCCCAUCGACCAUCGUUGGUAGUAGGAAGUAUUAAAACCCCUCGAACCAAAACCCAGGCGACCCAUCAUUGCACAUCGCCCGCAGCUAUAUCACUUCUCAGCGCAUCUACCCGAGAGCCAAACAGCGUCAUUGGUGGCCAUCAUUUCUGGCUAUAGUUUCAGUUCAUCAAUGGCGGCAACGGUGAGAGCGUCGUCGAUUUUUGCAGCUACAGCAGCUCUGGCAAUGAUAGCUGCCGCAUCCUUCAGCUGGCCAUUAGCCUCUGCCGCUUCUCCGAAAUCUUUCGUCAAGAAGACCAUCAAAUCCCACCAGAUCGUCAUCUUCUCCAAAUCCUAUUGCCCGUAAGUUCAACUUCAAAAACGCUGCCUUUCCCCCAAUUUUCUAUCUCAUUUGCUCUUGCUUUUAAGAUUCGGUUUCGUUUCCGACUGAAUGUGGGGAUCGAUCGCUGUGUGGUAGAUAUGCAAUACCCAGAAACUGGUUUUGACGAUUACGAUAUCGCGGAUCUGAUUUCUGCUCGGAAAAAAAGUCUCACUCGUUUUCUCCGUCAGUCUUUUCUGGGUCUUUUACGUGGUGUAGUUUGUGUGAUGCCAGGAAUGCCUUUCGAUUGAGAUCUUGUUUCUUUCAAUGGCUUAGUUGCUAAAGGUGGUAUUGCUUUUUGAUGUUUGUGGUAUGUUGCUUGUUGCUCGGCAGAUAUUGUAGGAGGGCUAAAGCUGUUUUCACAGAGUUGAACCAGAAGCCAUAUGUGGUUGAGCUUGAUGAGAGAGGUGCGUUAACAAAUCUCUCUCAAUUGUGUUCUGAGUGUAAUGAUUAGUAGACAGACAUGCUUGUGAAAAACAUGGGUAGAAAAGCUAUAGCUGAUAGAUUGAUUCAGUUGAUCUGAAACACAAGUAGGCAAGAUGUGUUGCUAAAUUAGACGGGGUAAAGAAAGUCGGUAACCCUGCCACAGUUCUUGAAUAGCAGACAACCCGCAGGCUCUGCAAGUGCAGGAUCUCUGGCCAAUGUUUGGCUUCCCGUAUUGGAAAUCUGUGUCUACACUGAGCAGUGGAAUUGUAUAUGAGUUUGCUUUUAUCUUGUGGAAAUCUUCAAGUUGUAGAAUCUUACGAUCUUGGCUGUAGAAAUCAAGCCAAGUAGAAUUAGGGUAAAAAAUCAGUAACUAUAUACAAAUCUACCAAGUCCUUGUGAUUAGGUCCAGUAAGCUUUAACGAAUUAUGUUCAUUAGGCAUUUAAAAUGGUUAUGAUUCUGAUCUAUUCAUUGCAAAAGCUACAUUGUGCAGAGCUCCAUAGAUAUAUGUCUCAUGAUAUACAAUUGACCUAGCAUAUGUAACAUUAAAAUCUCUUGUUCGUAUACAAUUAAUGCUGUUAUAGAAUAGUAAGAAUGCUUAUACUUGACAAAGUCGAUUGGUCAAUUUCGAUAAAUGGUGGCUUUUUAU